CUCUCUCUCACUCUCUCUCUCUCUUGCUUGUCGAGUUUUUUUUUCCUUUCUGUAAAACGUUGUAAGAUUGAAUUCAGUACAGAAUAAACGACGAUACAGAAUUACGGUUGGUUAGGUGCUUUAGUCCGGAGCGCUUCAGAGAGAGAGCGUGUUUAACUGCGAGCUUGUCAUCGUGGUCAGCACCGGUCAGAUCAUCACCUUGCCGCCGGACAGAUCCCCAAUUCCGCCGGAGGGAGACUUGAGUGACCCACAACAAAUGAAUCGGCUCAAUCCAAAAACGAGCAACAAGUGGGGCGAGUUAGCAGGGGUGAUACAAGCUAGUGUUAUCUGUGUGAGGAAAAGGAGGAGCUUCUACUUUCUUAGCUCGUGAUUGCUUGAAUAGAGCAGCUACUGUGCCUUCAAGUCUGAAGAGAGCCACGAGAGGACUUCAAGGCAAGGAAGACUUGCUGCUGAGCGCAUCGUCUCCACAGUGCUGGAUCAGAGCUGUGGACGUGCGAGCUACUGUCUGGACAGUGCUUUCUGAUCAGAGCUGUGGACGUGCGAGCUGCUGUCUGGACAGUGCUUUCUGAUCAGAGCUGUGGACGUGCGAGCUGCUGUCUGGACAGUGCUUUCUGAUCAGAGCUGUGGACGUGCGAGCUGCUGUCUGGACAGUGCUUUCUGAUCAGAGCUCUGGACGUGCGAGCUGCUGUCUGGACAGUGCUUUCUGAUCAGAGCUGUGGACGUGCGAGCUGCUGUCUGGACAGUGCUUUCUGAUCAGAGCUGUGGAUGUGCGAGCUGCUGUCUGGACAGUGCUUUCUGAUCAGAGCUGUGGACGUGCGAGCUGCUGUCUGGACAGUGCUUUCUGAUCAGAGCUGUGGAUGUGCGAGCUGCUGUCUGGACAGUGCUUUCUGAUCAGAGCUGUGGACGUGCGAGCUGCUGUCUGGACAGUGCUUUCUGUUUCUUCUGUAUGGUAUCAUACGUAGAAGCGGGACUCGUUCACAGCACACUAACUUAUAACCGGGUUCACAGCUCAUGCAAGAGUCCUGUGUUUUUCUAAAGGUUUGAUCACCGGAGAGUGGGGGGGUCUGCGUGCUCCAGCGAUGGACUCGACUGUGUUAGUGAACGAGUCCUGGCCCAAUGCCACGCUCCCUUCCUCCUCCUCCACUAGCCCCUUCACUGGCCUUGACCUCCUGUUCCACCUCAAGCCCCUCUUCAUCCCCCUGUAUGCCCUGCUGGUGCUGGUGGCCUGUGUUGGGAACCUGCUUCUCAUCCUGCUCAUCGCGCUCACCAAGAAGCUGCACAGCACCACCAACUUCCUCAUCGGGAACCUGGCGGCGGCCGACCUGAUCAUGUGUCUGUUCUGCGCGCCGCUCACCGCGACCUACGCCUUUGAACCACGUGGCUGGCUCUUCGGCAGCUUCACGUGCCACUUCGUCGCGCUCAUGCAGGCUGCCACGGUGCUGGUGGCAGUCCUCUCGCUCACGGCCAUCGCGGUCGACCGCUACGUGGUCGUGGCGUACCCCAUCCGCAGGAGGGCUGGCCGCCGCCACUGCUUCUACCUGGUGGGGGCCAUCUGGCUGGCUUCCCUGGCUCUCUCGACCCCCACCUCCCUCCACACCACCCACCUGGACCUGAGAGCAGCUGGGCACGACAUGGCCAUCUGUGAGGAGUUCUGGCAGGACCAGGAGAGGGAGCGGCUCAUCUACUCCUGCUCCCUGCUGCUGCUCUCCUACCUUGUCCCCCUCUCAGCCAUCUCCGUCUCUUACUGCGCCAUCACUCGCCACCUCCGGAAGAGGAGCGUCCCCGGAGCGGCCCCUUCCUCGAACCGGGAGCGCUGGGCCCGCAAGAAGCACAAGACCUUCCGGCUCCUGCUGGUCUCCGUGCUCUCCUUCGCCCUCUGCUGGCUGCCCCUGCAGGUGGUCAACCUAAUCAUGGACCUGGACGCGGACUUCGCCAUCCUGGAUAAGAGCUACGUCAAUGUGGUGCAGGUCUCCUGCCACCUGGUGGCCAUGAGCUCCGCCUGCUACAACCCCUUCAUCUACGCCUCGCUCCACCAGAAGUUCCGCUUCCACCUGGGCAGGUACUUCUCUCGGGGGCACCAGGGCAGCACGCAGAGCCAGGGGGCCAGGGGCAGCAGUACGCUCACCCACACCCUGACCUCCCAUCGAAUUCCCCAGAUACACACCUGCUUCAUCAUGGCGGACAUCCCCACCGACAUCACAGACAAGCAGGUGCUGGAGGGGCGCUUCUCCUUCCGCUAGCCGGAGACUCUCAGGCCAUCUCUGGGGUUUCAUUGAGAGAUACGUGGACUCCACCCCUCCCUGAAUUGAUAAAGUGUGAAGGAUCUCUCUUAGUGGUCCCAUUAAUAAGAAUGUUUACCUUGCAGAGGACAUCAACCUUGCAAAGGUGCACAUGGCACUGGUUACAGCAGGUCUUUGGGAUUUCAUUGGGAUAACAGCACAGCACGCCAGCAAGGAAAAGGAAAGGUCAUGUGAUAGCUGUAAUUUGAGGAGGCAUCAUCGGUCUAGUGUACUUGGAGAUAACUGUCUCUCUCUCUACAACAAAAACCUCAACCCCCUUCUGGGAUUUUAUCCAGCGUAGUUUUUGCUUGCAAUGCUCCUGCUGGAGUGUGCCAGGGCCACUUGAUUUCUAGAUUGGAGGAGCAUCGCAUCAGCCUGGAUGGGACUGCGAGUCUGCAAGGUCUUUGAUCAGGUCUAGACAGUGACACGUGACCAUUCCUUAAACCCUCCACACUGGAGAAAAUCUGCAUUCACCAGACUGCUGUCAUAAGAACAUGGCAAAAUCCGAGGGAGCAAUCUCAUUGGCUAACAAAUGUUCCAACCAGUGCAGAUAUGAUCACACCAGGACACCGUGUCACUUUUAGAAGCAUUCGGCUGCUUCACCUGAUGACCAAUUCACUUUGGGAGGAGUGAGGUUAGGUGAAAGCAUGGUAAAGCAUAGGGAAGCAUUGUAAAGCCCAGAGGUAUGAUAAAGCAGAUUAGAAAACAUGGUAAACUAUGGUAAAUGCAUUGCAUAACCAUUGGGAAAGCAAAGGGGGAAAACACAGUGAGUGAGCAUCUAUACCCUGGGAAACUCCAUAUCAAAUCCACAACCUGGAACAAAGUUAUGUUCCAGAUCAUUUCAUUUGGUUGUAAGUAUUUGUUUUUAGUAAUGUAAUGGAAGUUCAGUGUAGCCACGUUUAGUUCAUGUGUCUGUAUUUUGAAAUGUAUCCCAGACACACAUGGGAGGGAAUACAUGAUCAAUGUUAAUGUAAUUGAUCAGCCCAUUGUUGUUCACAGUGCUUGAUAAUCUAUAGAAGAACGCUGAGUUAUUACUGUAAUGUAUUUUAAUAAAUGUCUGUUUAGCGUACACUUUUAUUAAACAGGAUAUUUCUGCAGCGUGUUUUCUGGUUACUGCACAGUGCUUUGUGUGACUUUUUGAGUUUGUGUUUUGAGACCUGUGUUGAGUGAUUCUCUGGAGGCAUGCAAACAAACACUGUAGAACCGGUUUCAAAUACUGUGUAAAAAUACAGAAUAAACGUCAUGUUUUAAUCUAGAUGAUUGUUUCCAGGCUGUUUUUUUUAUAUUUAUUUAUUUAAAAUGAAAGGCAUACAGUCUGCCUAUCACAGCGGUUACUAACACU